AUGGUGUCCUUAAAUUUAUGCACGGCAAGGUGCUGUGGUGACGGCUACACUUCCCGAUGGUACCAUCUCUCAUCGGGUGAACAUUUCUGCAACGAGUGCUUCGACUACUAUUAUCGCAGCACCAAGCCUGGUUACGUGGAGUACUCGGGUUGGCGGGAGCACUGGUCACGCAAUGCCCGCUUGAAGGCCUCGCUUCGCCUCUUCAUGGCCGACCAGGUCCUGCCGUUCUGGGCGCAGUGCGUGCGCUGUCGCAAGUGGCGCUGCCUACCCAAGAGGGACGACCUCACACCGGAGUUUGUCGACACAUUCACGUGCAGUUAUAUCCCAUCGUACGACAACACCUCGGCAGAGCAGUUUGCCCUGCUGAUUAACAAUGUGGACUUCCAGCCAGGUGGCGGCUGGAUACAGCGCUUCAGAGAGGCACAGCGUUGUCUACAAAGCCGUCACCGGUGA